AUGAAAUACAGCGAUGCAACUCUGGAGAAUUUUUCUAAAAUUUUUAUAUUCAAACGAAUCAAUGAAACAUUACCAUCAUGCUCUCCUCCUCCUCUCCGCAGAGAGCUGAUGCCCAAGACCCUGGAGGGCCAGAUCACCAUGGAGAAGACCCCCAGCUACUUUGUGACCCGAGAGGCCCCGGCCCGGAUCUCCGCCAUGUCCCGGGACACCAAGCUGAUCGUGGUGGUGCGGGACCCCGUCACCAGGGCCAUCUCCGACUACACCCAGACCCUGUCCAAGAAGCCCGACAUCCCGUCCUUCGAGAGCCUCACCUUCAAGAACAGAACCACGGGCCUCAUCGACACCUCGUGGAGCGCCAUCCAGAUAGGGAUCUACGCCAAGCACCUGGACAACUGGCUGCAGUACUUCCCCAUGGGCCAGAUCCUGUUUGUGAGCGGCGAGCGACUCAUCAGCGACCCGGCCGGGGAGCUGGGCCGCGUGCAGGACUUCCUGGGACUCAAGAGGAUCAUCACGGACAAACACUUUUACUUCAACCAGACCAAGGGCUUCCCCUGUCUGAAGAAGGCCGAGGGCAGCAGUAAGCCGCACUGCCUGGGGAAAACCAAAGGACGGACCCACCCCAACAUUAACCCUGAGGUGGUGCAGAGGCUACGGGACUUCUACCGGCCCUUCAACAUGAAGUUCUACCAGAUGACCGGCCGGAUAUUCGGUUGGGAUGACUGACUAAAAAGUGCCUCUUUCUUGGGUUCUCAGUGACACUGAGACCGCUACGGCCCGGCCGAAGCCCCAAGCCGAAGCAAUAUGUAUUUGUGAGAAACAAAAUGGGGUGUAAUCUGCCCCCUUUUUGACACAAAAAGAUAUGCAAUUUCUUUCCAUCCUACGAUGUAAUGAUCCAUCAUCAGUGCUAACGCAAACAUAACAUUUGAGUCGGUGUUUUACUAGUUUAAAGGUGCAGGAUGAUACGUCACUGUAAUUUCAAAAGGCAAGUGGUUCAGAGCUGUUAUACAUGGAUUAUGGUGUGCGGCUCUCGUCUCUAUGAAGUUUAUAGUAAUUGCAUCGUCUGGGACGCCGAGAUUAAAAAGGCCUUACUGUGCGAUUAAAUGCCAUAUCUGAAGCAUAGCAAGCGGUUUUCGAAAUGCGUUUGUUUGAUUGUAUAAUAAAAUGAAACAUUUAUUUUUUAAAUGUAUUUAUAGAAGUUACACGAUAUUUUGACUAACUCACCGAUAUAUAUUACCAUGUUAUAAUUAAUGUAUUCAUACGUUUAUUUUUGUUGAAUAGCGUCCAUCCUAUGUAUUUUCUUCUGUCCAAUAUAAAUUUCUUUCCUGCCCAUUAUAAUAUACAAACUCACUACAAGAAACAUUUCCCGCCCUUGCCUCCGUCCAGCCCUCUCCAUUUCCACCGCUGUCAGAAUUCAUCAGUUUGAGCGAGGGUUUUUACCCACAAUUCACUUCAUUACGUGUAAAGGCACAGAUAGUGGUCACAGGGAUCCAAGCAACCAGCCGCGCUGCUGCUGCUGCUGUACAGUAAAGACUCCCUGAAGGAGGGUCCUCCCGCCAGACUGGGGGACUCACAUUUCUCUCCACGCAUGCCUCCUUGUGAACUGAAUACACUUGAUGUCAUUGGGCUUCCUCGGCCCCGAGGCAAUGUGUAUACAGGGGCUCUGUUCGGAGACCACGAGACGGGGGCCAACAAUGGCCGUGUUGUGUUUUCCAUUUAUAUCGGCGAGUGCUGCGUGCCGCCUUCUCCCAAAGCAGAUGUCCGUCAAAGAGACUCGAAAAACCAUCAGUGUUUUGUUUCGGUUUCUUUGGAGUUCUUAACGUUACUGUUUUUUUGGGGGGUUGCCCUCAGUGUUCACCGUUGUUAUUACGUUAUUUUUCUUUCCGUUGUUGAUUGUUGUCGACCUAAUUUAAAAACCUGUUGGAAUUUCAAUGAUAGAAAAAUAUAUAUAAAGUAUACUGUUAUGUAAA